AUGAAACUCGCAGUCACAGUAUUAGCAUCAAUCCUGGCCAUCUGCUCGGUUACUACAGCCAGCCCAGUCCUUCCCAGUGCAGCUGCAAGUGCCGGAGCUAGCACUUCGACAGUUGUUCCCAGUGCACAAGUUACACUUUCAGUUGAUCUUAGUAAACUUUCAGAAGAGGAUAUGGAUUUGAUCAAAGAAUACGCACAUAUAAAGAAGGCUUGUAACGAUGAAGAGAAAAUACACGACUCGCUACAAUCUGAAAAACUUGAACAAAAAGAAACUCUCGAUGAACUUGCAGAGGAGCAGUGGGAUCCGGAUUUUUUAGAUCUCAAGUGGAGAUUGGGUGAAAUCGAGACACUGCUUCUAGAACGCCUGUUCAAGGGAAAUAUGGAUCAACCAAUCGAAUAUUACAUGCAAUUUUUGGAAACAGAUCCCGACUUUUUGGAACUCGCCGACACACUUUUCAAUUCUCCACCAGUUCAACAGCCAAGAUCCGAGCAAGCCUCUACUAGUGGAACCCAGAGUCCAUAA